CUUUUCUCAAUGAAGUCAAUGCCAUUAUACGUCAAAUAUCUAGUGAUACAAAUGCAUGGAAAUCUGAGAAUGCAAUAUAUGAUAUAUUAAGAUCUGUGAGACAUAUUUUGGCUAUAGAUACUUUUCCUUGUAUAAGUGAAACAGUUGAGUUUAUUUAUGAUCUGAAUAGCAAAGCUGAAGUUAUGCAAAUAGGAUAUGAUCUUUUGAAACAGGAUAAACGUAUAGCAUUCAUAUCUACUGGAGCAGUGAUGGCUAGAGUAUUAGUAAAAAAAGCAUCUAAAUUAUCUAAAUCUGAUAAUUCGCCUAUUAGAACUUGUAUAUACUAUGGAGAUAUGGAUGAAAAGCAGAGACAAAAAGACUUCUUUGAUAUUAAUAUUGCUUGGGUUAUAGCUAUUACAAAUAUUGCUACUUCAGUUCAUAAAAAUUCUAAUGAACAUUUUCGUUCACCAGUUAAUGAGUCUCCAGUCGCAAUAACUUUCAUUGAAGUUGAGCAUCAAAAAUGUCUUUCUGCAAGAUAUUUUAUUGAAAAGCUUUGCAUUCUUAUAGCCAGUAUAGUUAUUAAAAAUACAGAGUUUAAUGCAGUUGCUACUUCCCAAAAUCUUAGUCUUGAAGAAGCUGAAAUCCUUAAAUUUAAUCAAGAGCGUUCUAUUGCAGAUACUAUGACACUUAAACAUUUUUAUAUAAGAAAUCUUUAUUGCAAAAACAUGAGUAUUGAGGAUUAG